UUUCCGACUUUUUUUUUACUAACUUUGCUGAUCUAGCCAUGAUAGAUUUUUGCAUUAAAUAUGAUCAAAUAUAUCGGCGUUGGUGUUUGAAACAAAAUAAUUUAGCGACGGUUAUUUGUCGAAAAAUUUCACUUUUAGCAGUUUCAGUAAUAAUGGCGGAAACGGCGGGUAAAAAUUUAUUGACCAACCAGAAGAAGGAGUUUCACUAGUUGACCAAUCAAAAAAUGUUUCAAAGUAUUUGUAGCAUCGAUAGCAAUCUGAAGGAAGGAACAGAAUACAGGUGCAGAACACAGAACGAAGUAUUUGAAGAGAGGUGCACUUGCUGCUGAUGAUCAGCUGGUACUACAAUGCAAUGUGUUGAUUAACAGUGUUGACAUUAGUCCACCUGAUUGUCAAAAUGUAUCGUCUGAAUUCGAUAUCGCAAAUGUCAAGAUGCGUCCUAUCAAAUAUUAAUUUUAUUCGUUCCGGAGUGAAUACUCGACGUAAUGUACAUGUUUAUAAAAAUGUUUUUGUGAAAUUCCCGCGAUUUACCGCUAGGAUAGAAAGAUAUCGCUUCAACGAUAGUCACAAAUCACAGGAGAAAAAAUCCAGGAUGCUCCUUGCAGUAUCGUUACCUACAUUAAUUUUCAAUUAUUUUCUUGGUAUCGAAGAUACCGACGAAGAAGUCCCGGAAGUUAUUAUGACGAUCAAACGAUCCAUAUUAUUGAUACAGUUUCAGCAACAUUUGCUUUCCCUUUAUAGAAGGGAGAAUAUGAUAAAGCAGAACAAAUGCUACACUUAGCGUUACGUCAAGCACAAACUAUACAACAUUAUGAUGCUGUUACAUACAUCUAUGACGUAAUGGCUAAUCUUGCUUUCGACACUGGAAAAUAUCGCAAAGCAGAGCAAUUGUUCGUAUCAGUUUUGCAAAGGCUGAUAUCGAAUGGAGCUACAGAAAAUGAUAUGCGGGUUAUCCAUAUAAGCCUGAAAAUGGCCAAAGUGUUUGAACAUCUUGACAUGCCAAAGAAAGCAGAGCAAGGUUAUAAAUUUUGUAUGGAAAAUUUGGAAUCGCACAUUGAAAAAGAUCCUGACAAUAAAGAUGCUGUGUUGCUACAGGGUAUAGCUUUUGAUUGGUACGCACGAAUGUUACUUUCACAAUCUCGAUAUACCGAAGCUUUAAAUUAUCUCCUUCAAGCUUAUAAUAUAUGUAAAAAAAUAAAUGGUGAAGAACACGAACAAACUGUUGUUCUGCUUAAUGAUUUGGGAACAAUUUGUUGUAUACGAGAAGAAUAUGAUGAAGCUAUUAAAUAUUUGUCUGCUGCAGCAAAAAUAGGGGAAAACUUACCUGAUAUGAUUGACUUGGGUUCAAUUCACGUGAAUUUAGGAAGUGUGCUUUUAAAAAAAGGUUUAUAUGAUGAAGCUAAAAAAUCUUGUCAACGAGGAAGAAAAAUAGCUAAAAGUAAAGAAGACAAUGAUUCUUUGUUAGAAGCAGAUGAAUGUCUCAAGGAAGUAAAAAGAUUACUGUUGUUGUAAAUCCUUAUGAUUAUCUCAGAUAGUUUAAUUUUUUAUUAAAAGUAUGUAUGUUUAGAUAAGAUUUAGAGAAUUUGCAUUGUAAAUAUAUGUAGAAAAGUAUUUAAAGAAUUUUAAUGAU